AUGGAUGAUGAUCACGGCUCAACUCACUCUGAUAAUCAUGACACCUUUGAACCUUACUCACUGACAGAAUUUACAGGUGACUACUUUGGUACCUACAAUGAAGAAGAUUUCAAGUGGCCAGAGGUCCAUCAAGUUAUGGAGUCUGACUCUGGAACUCAGGAAGAGCACGAGGAUGAGGAUUGUGAUGAACUUAGAGAUGGAGAUGCCAUAGCUGCUCAUAAUGCAGAGCUUGAGCAUGGAUGGGAACACCCUGUGGACCCUGCAUCACAGAACAUUGAUUUUCCUGACUCAGAGGAUGUAUCUCUGCAACAACAGCCAUGUCAUGCAGAACAACGACAAGCAGAAGCACCCCUUGGCCAACACCCCACUAUUGAGGAGUUCCCACGGUGUGAAAAUAUUUGGGCUUCCUUCACAUCUCAUGUAGAUUAUGAGGUCGCAAAGUGGGCAAAGCUUUGUGGUGCUGGAUCAACAGCUUUUUCAGAACUGCUGGCAAUUGAUGGGCUUCGUGAUGCAUUAGGUCUUUCCUAUCAAAACUCCCAUGAACUCAAUCAGAUCAUCGACCAAGAGCUGCCAUGCAGACGACCGUAUUUCAAACACAAAGAGAUCAUUGUUGUCAAUGAGGUGUUUGAUGUAUACUCACACAAUAUUAUGGAGUGUGUCAAAGCUCUCUACUCAGACCCAGAUUUCUCACAACAUCUCCUUCAUGCUCCUGAGCGCCAUUAUGUUGAUUCUGACAAGACUGUUAGAAUGUAUCACGAUCUUCACACAGGCAAGUGGUGGUGGUCUACCCAGAAAGAGCUUGAGACCAAGAAACACAGAGCCACUGUCAUACCCAUUAUCCUUUCAUCGGACAAAACUCAGGUCACCAUGUUCAGAAACAAAUCCGCAUAUCCGGUCUACAUGACAAUAGGGAAUAUUCCGAAGGAAAUUCGUCGAAAACCGUCUCAACGAGCAUGGAUCCUUCUUGCAUAUCUGCCAACUGCAAAACUCAAACACAUUACCAACAAGGCAGUUAGAUGUUGGACUUCAACUAAUCUAUUCCACACCUGCUUGCAUCAUAUCUUAGAGCCAUUGAGAGUCCCCAGAGAAGAUGGUGUUGCCAUGGCGAGUGGGGAUGGAGUCAUACACCGAGGACAUCCUAUUCUUGCCUGUUAUUCUGCAGAUUACCCAGAACAACUGCUGACGACAGGAAUCGAAUCAGGAGAGUACGAGCUGGGACGUCCAGACAUUCCUGUGAAGCUUCGAGAUUUUGUAGCAAUUCUUGCUGCAUUGUCACUGGUUGACGAGGACUACGGCAUGUGGACGAGAGCAUGCCAGGAGUGUGGGAUCAAGCUGGUCUUCAAACCAUUUUGGGAGGACCUCCCGCAUGCUAAUAUCUUCCAGUCAAUUACACCAGAUGGCAUAAUCAAACAUCUGAUCGAGUGGAUCAAGGAAGAAUACAGCAAGGCCAAGAUUGAUGCUUGUUGUCGCAGGCUUCCACCAAACCAUAGCAUUUGCCUAUUUAUGAAAGGUAUCAGUAGCCUUUCCCAUGUCAGUGGAACAGAACACAACCAAAUAUGCCGCUUCCUGCUCGGUGUCAUCAUUGAUAUCCGAUUGCCUGGAAAUCUUGACAGUGCUCGCCUUAUUCAUGCUGUUUUUAAUUUCAACCUUCCGAAACUUCAUUUCUUCUGUCAUUAUGUGCAUAUGAUCAAACUAUAUGGCACAACUGACAACUACAACACCGAGUACACUGAGUGCUUACAUAUUGAUCUCGCAAAGGAUGCUUACAGGGCUACCAACCAUAAAGACAAGUAUCCGCAAAUGACCCUCUGGCUUGAAAGACACGAGAAGAUGUUAUGGCACAAUAAUUUUGUCCAAUGGCGCCUUGCUAUGACUAAACACCUGACUGCAAAACAUGUUUCAUUGGACCGUAUCAUUUGUGGUUAUGGUGCCAUAUUUUUCAUGGAGGCAUUAGCUUGUUAUGUCAUUCGCACCAAUCAACCCACUUUGUCUGCAGUGCAACUCAAACAAGAAGCUGCCCACAUUGUCCUUCCCUUCCAGACUGUCGCCACAUUCCAUAGGGUCAAAUUUUACACAAUCAACACCAGUGGAUAUCAUGACCCAACAGCUACAAUUGAUUCGGUGCAUUGUCAACCACCACGGAAGGACAACAAAGGGCAUAUUAUCCCUGGACAUUUUGACACUGUUUUAGUCAAUGAAGGUGAUGGUGGGACAAUGGGUGCUAAUGGGUAUCAUGUUGCACAAGUCCGUGUUGUCUUCACACUGACAAGUCAUGCUGCAGCUGCCUUAUUUCGCACACCUGCCAAGGCACCUACCCACUUUGCUUAUAUGGAGUGGUUCACGCCAUUCGGGCAACCCGAAGCAAACCAUGGUUUGUACAAAAUUUCCCACAUCAUUCGUAAUGGAGAGCGUCUUGUGAGCAUCAUCGAUAUCUCUGAUAUUUGCAGGAGUGUACACCUUAUUCCAAAAUUCGGCCCAGUUGUACCUCAUGAAUGGACAAGCAGUACUGUUCUGGAGCUUUGUUCUAGCUUCUUUGUAAACUCAUUCAGUGACAGGCAUGCUUAUCUCACUAUAAUCUGA